UCGUGUCUCUGGAGAUUACUCCAAUCGAGUCACGCCCAGGCACUCAUACUCAUUGCUCGGAUCGGCAACAACGCGCGCACUCUACAACGCUCUUCCCUUGGCUGCGGCUUUCGCUUCUGACCGAAUUUCUCGCCGCGCAGGUUUUGUUCUUCCAAUCGCACGGUCAUCUUCCAACAAGAACAAGUUUCUUUGAUUUCUCUUAUCAUUCUCGUUGAAUUCCUGUUUUCUGCAUUCUUUCUACACUUGGGUGGUCUAUUUUCCGCGAUUUUUUUUUUGUUUUUCGGCGGUCGGGAUCGUUUGGUUUCUAGGGUUUUUGAGGUGGGUCUCAACAAUCUUUCGUAUUAUCUCUCUAUUUCUUGGGAUUUGUAUAGAUUUAUUAUGCAAGUAGCCCUAGAACGAGAUGGGUGUUGGUCUUUCUGGUGUAGAUUUUCGAUUUGGGGAGGGUUUCGGAUGAUUUAGUACGUGCGGUUGGAGGUGAGAGAGGAAUCUCCCUCAUUGGCGGGUCGGAAGACCGAAGCAACACCAUUGAAGAGCUAGGAGAGUAGAUGGUUUGAGCAUGGAUGGGGUUAGAAUGAGAGGGUUUGGCAGUACCAAGAGGAAGGUGGAGGUGGUCGGGUUGAACGAUGAUUCAGAGGACGAUAACGAGCCUAUAGGAUCGAUUUUCAAUCUGAAGAAGAAGAAGAGGAGAAAGAAGAAAAGAAAGGAGCUUAUUGACUCGAAGAAGGUGGAGGCAACUUUUGAAGCGAGGGCGGGGGCUGCGGUGAAUGAGGACGCAAACGAUAGCGACGACGAUGAGGGGCUAACGUUGGCUAGCUUUAGAAAGAAGUUGAAGGAUCCGAAGGGGAGCAAAGCCGGUGGGAAGGAUCUGGUAGAACGUCCUGGUCUGGCGAAGGGUUCUUUGCAUGGGGGUCGUACUGGCGUGAUUCAGUCGUGCAGUUCGUCGAAAUCUAUGGAGGAAGAUGACGAUGGUGGUGUUCAGGAUGAUGAUGAUGAUGUCGGGCUUGAUCAGGUUUUGAUUGGAAGCUUGAAGGUUUCCCAUCCUGGCGUGGGUGAGGAAUCCCAAACCACAUUACCUCAAACAUCUGAAGAAGGAAGCUUGAGGGGUGAGGAAGGAUUAAGUCAAUCUGCUGAAGAAAGCAUCGAAGGAUCGGCUCGCAUGUCAGCCAAGCGGACACGGACUUCUUCCAGGCACCGGCAGAAUUUAGAGGCACCUAAGUCGACCAACAGGCCAGAUGGAUCUCCGGAAGACUUAUUGUCUGAGUUUGUCAAGGCUCAGAGAUCGCGCCCCCCUGCUAUGAGGAAGGAGGAAAAGCGAACUGUAUUACCUGGUCAAAACUGGGAUCAAGCUACUGAAAGAAUCCGGGAUGGUUCAUCUGAUUCACUAGUUACUAAGAGACAUCCUGUCCAGAAGACACACGGUGAAUCUUCUACUCUUGGUGGUGUCUCACCACAGCUUUGUGAUGGCUUAUCGGGAUUGACAAAGGAAGGAUCCUACAAGCCAAAUUCUAGUAACAUCAUGGAUGAUUUGUCUUCUGCCCAAGCAGUGGAAUCCAUCGAUGCACCUACAGUUGAGUACACGGAUGAAAUUCAUGAAGAUGGAAACGGACAGCUCAAUGGAAACUCAAAGAGUGAGGGGGAUUCUUCACAUAAGCAAGUGCGGUCCUCUCCUACAUUAGGUGCUAUUCACGAAAGCAUCAAUUCAGAUAAACCAUUUGACACUAAAAAUGCAAUUGAGGUAUCUGCUGCUUCAAGUGGAAAAUUGAACCGAUCAUAUGCCUCAAGAGAAGCAAACAUGAAGCCCGAUGGGUAUUCACAUAAUGAGGCUUCUGAAGACUUGCUAUCAUCUGUUUUCAGAAGGUCCAGGUCCGGUACGAAACAAAGGAGGGUGGUUAAAUCAUCAAGUGCUGGUGCCUUCACCAACCAAGUUUCAGACUGUUCAUGCCCUAAAUUAUCAUCGGUGUCAAAUUACCUUGAUGGGGGCAACAGUCUGGAGUUGAGCCAACCUCCUCAUGAACUGAUGGAGAAUUUGUCUUCGACCCAAGAGACUGACAACAUGCCAAGCCUACCUUUUGAAAGUACCGUGAAAGGGGUAGUAUCAAACGUUGUCUCAAAGGCCACUCAGUUUGUAAAUGAGUUGGUCACAAUAUCUCAAGCUGAUAAUGACAAAAAUUCUGCAUCUGUCACUGAGGAAAGGCACUGCAGUGCAGUAACUACUCAGCAAAUUGAUGAAGUUCUGGAUGACAAAGAUGAUAUAGUUGUUAUGUCUAAAGAUUCUGACCACAUAGCUGAUUCUCUUCUGCCUUCAAAGCCUGUCAAUACUCCCUGUGUUGCAUCUGUUGAGUGCAGAAGAAAACUACCUUGUCCCUCAUCUAGUCCAGUUUCAAAUGGUAUUAUGAAGUGUUCAACUUUAACACAAACCAUCUCCUUGACUGAAAUUCAGAAUCCACCUGAAGAAACUAUCAGGUCUGAUAGUAGGAGACAUGGCCUUUCAGGUGAUGUUGUAGAUGAAAAAUACUGUUCUGAAUCAGGUAACCAAGCGAUCCAGAAAGUGUCUGGAACCGUUUGUUCGGAAGAAAUAUGUUCAGACCGUGCAGGAAAGGGGCUUCCCAAAAUGGCUAAGAAGGUAUCAACAUCACAAAGGGUUACUCGAAAGGUUAGAAAACCCAGAUAUGGAGAUAUGACCUAUGAAGGAGAUAGCGAUUGGGAUUCUUCAGCAUAUCAGCGAGGGAAUUCUGACAGUACUCUGGUUAUGGAAGACGAUGUUUUUGUGAAGACAAAAACCAAAGCUGAUCUGCUGUCAACUCUGUUAUUAGAAGCUCAUAAUGGAGGUGCAGCAGCGGUUGCAGCUGGAUUAAAAGCAAAAUCUCUGGUUCCAAUUGAGAAAAUAAAAUUCAAGGAGGUCUUAAAGCGUAGAGGUGGUCUCCAUGAGUAUCUUGAGUGCAGGAAUAUGAUCUUGAGUCUCUGGAGUAAAGAUGUAUGCCGUAUUCUGCCUUUAUCAGACUGUGGAGUAACAUCCGAUCCUCUUUAUGAUGAACUACCACGGGCUUCCCUUAUUCGAGAUAUAUAUGCUUUUUUAGAUAGCUAUGGUUACAUAAACACUGGCAUUGCUUCUGUAAAAGAAAUUGCUAAACCAGAUUGUAUGCCUCAACUCAAACUUUCAAAAAGGAGUGAUCUGACAGAAAAUUCUGGAGGUAGAGCCAUCGAUACUGAGGAAGAAGUUGCAUUUAUUCUUGGCCAGGCUAAGCAUUUUGAGAAUGUAGCCAAUGUAAAGUAUGACACACAAAUGAAAGAUGGCAAGUGCAUAACUGUGGGUGAUGUGGAAGCUGCAGACAGCCACAAACUCCAAGUGGCUGAUAUAGAGUUGGAGUCAUCCACUUCGAAGGAGAUGGAAGAAGAUAAAGCGGGACAGGUGGCAAUGGAUAAGUGUAUAUUAGGUUCAAGUGCACCAUGUACUCCGGAGGUGCCUACGCAUGAACAGAUUGUGAUGGCUAAAGACUGUGCAGUUUUGGGAUUUACUUCUGGUGAGAUAUGCAAACUUGAAAUGGAUGAAAAAGAAAAUGGUUUUAGUGGUUAUGUGUCACCUAGGCGGACAAAAGUAUCUCCUAUUGAUUCUGUAAGCAUUGUUGAUCAAAAUGGAGAAGCAGAUACACUUAAUCCAGAGCAAGCAAAAACUUCUGAUGGAACCAUUUGUGAUAUGGAUGGACAUCAACGAGUUAUUGUUAUAGGAGCUGGGCCUGCUGGUCUGACUGCGGCUCGCCAUUUGCAACGGCAAGGCUUUAUGGUCAAUGUUCUUGAGGCUCGGCAUAGAAUCGGUGGGCGAGUUCAUACUGAUCGAUCAUCACUGUCUGUUCCUGUGGAUCUUGGAGCCAGCAUUAUAACUGGUGUAGAGGCAGAUGUAGCUACUGGGCGACGACCUGACCCAUCUUCACUGCUUUGUACCCAGCUUGACCUUGAAUUGACAGUUCUUAAUAGCGAAUGCCCUCUCUAUGAUAUUGUAACAGGUGUGAAGGUUCCAUCUGCAUUGGAUGAAUCUCUUGAAGCUGAAUACAACAGCCUUUUAGAUGAUAUGGAAGUUCUUGUUUCACAAAAUGGAGAAGCAGCACUGAAGCUGUCGCUUGAAGAUGGACUGGAACAUUCUCUUAGGAGUCAUCGUGUUGCUCGUCCGACAGGUGAUGAAAUUGGGUUGCACCAUCUUAAAAUCAGUGAUGACUUAGAGAAUUCUAAAAUCUCCAGAAAUAUUCAAGCAGAUGGUAGCAAAAUGGCAGCUGCUUUUGAAACCACUGGAAUGGAAACAUAUAAGCAGGAUGAAGAUCCAUUGGAUCCUCUAGAGAGAAGGGUGAUGAACUGGCAUUUUGCCCAUCUGGAGUAUGGAUGUGCGGCAUCACUUGACAAAGUUUCUCUUCCUUAUUGGAAUCAGGAUGAUGUUUAUGGGGGAUUUGGUGGGGCUCAUUGCAUGAUUAGAGGAGGCUACAGCACCAUUAUGGAGUCUCUAGCAAAAGGACUAAAUGUCCACCUUAAUCAUGUCGUUUCGGAGGUCAAGUAUAGAGUAGUAGACUCUAAAGGAAGUGAAGCUAGGAGAAAUGAGGUCAAAGUUCUCACUGAGAAUGGUAAUGAGUUUGUAGGCGAUGCAGUUCUGGUUACUGUUCCUCUUGGUUGCUUAAAAGCAAAUGCAAUCAAGUUCUCUCCAUCACUUCCGGAGUGGAAACAAUUUUCAAUCCAGCGUCUUGGGUUUGGAGUGCUGAAUAAGGUUAUAUUGGAGUUUCCUGCUGUGUUUUGGGAUGAUUCUGUGGAUUACUUUGGUGCUACUGCAGAGAAGACAGAUAGUAGAGGACAAUGUUUCAUGUUUUGGAAUGUCAGGAAAACAGUUGGUGCUCCAGUUCUGAUAGCACUAGUUGUUGGUAAGGCUGCUAUCGAUGGCCAGAAUGAAACUGCAGCUUUUCAUGUGAAACAUGCCAUCUUGGUGCUCCGCAAGCUCUUUGGUGAGGCUGCAGUGCCUGAUCCAGUUGCAUCAGUGGUCACAAAUUGGGGUCAGGAUCCAUUCAGCCAAGGGACUUACUCGUAUGUUGCCAUUGGGGCAUCUGGGGAAGACUAUGACAUCUUAGCCAGGCCUGUUGAAAAUUGCUUAUUUUUUGCUGGAGAAGCUACAUGCAAAGAGCACCCUGACACUGUUGGUGGUGCAAUGCUGAGCGGUCUUCGAGAAGCAGUAAGGAUUAUCGAUAUUCUCAGGAACUCUCAUGAUUACGCUGCUGAAGUGGAGAAAAUGGAGGCAGCACAGAGACAGUUAGAUACUGAAAGGAAUGAAGUGAGGGACAUGAUGAAGCGACUUGCUUCUAGUGAACUCUCUGCUCCUCAAAUUAAGAUAUUGGAUGGGGAACAGAAGCUACUGACAAAGGAAUCCUUGUUGAAAGACAUGUUUUUGACUGCAAAAAGUACUGCUGGACGCCUUUAUUUGGCUAAGCAAUUGUUGCAACUUCCUGUAAAGGCUCUGAAAGCAUUUGCAGGAACAAAAGAAGGACUUAGUACCUUGAAUUCAUGGAUUCUGGAUUCUAUGGGCAAGGACGCAACCCAACUCCUGCGUCAUUGUGUACGCUUGCUUCUGCUUGUCUCCACUGAUUUACUGGCUGUCCGUUUGUCUGGUAUUGGGAAAACUGUAAAGGAGAAGGUUGUCUUACACAGUAGCCGUGAUAUUCGAGCUGUUGCUGGUCAGCUAGUUAAUAUGUGGAUUGAAGUAUUUCGAAGGGAAAAAUCUGCUCAUGGAUGGCCCAAGUUUUCAAAGCAAACCAGUGCUUCAGAUCAACCUAAGAACAAGGAUUUGAUAACAAAGAAGUCAAUGGUGAAGGCUAAAACCGAUGCCCCUGAGAUGCAGGGAAAUCUGGUUGUUCCUUCAUCUACUGGGAGUUAUUCACCUGCACAUGGGAGCAAGAAAGUGGAAAGCAAACUUGUUAAGUUAGAAUCAAGGGCUGAAAAUUCUUCCACAAAUAUGGACAGCAGGGAUUUGCAAGACCAUGAUGCUGUAAUGUCAGAAGAAGAAGCUGCAGCCUUUGCUGCAGCUGAAGCAGCUCGGGCUGCUGCCCUUGCAGCUGCAGAGGCAUAUGCAUCAUCAGAAGCAAGCAUGCCACGUGAGCUUCCAAAAAUACCUUCAUUCCAUAAAUUUGCCAGGCGUGAGCAAUAUGCACAAAGAGAUGAGUUAGAUCCUAAUAGGAAGUGGUGGGCUGGAAGUGAUGUAGGUAAACAAGAUUUUACAGCAGAAAUUGAUUCUAGGAAUUGCAAGGUUAGAAAUUGGUCUGUUGACUUCUCUGCUACUUGUGGUAAUCUUGAGGGGUCAAGAAUGUCCACAGAAAAUGCACAGCUAGGCUUUUCAAAUGAUGUUCAUUUGAAUUUUCGAGAGCAUUCUGGAGAAAGUGGAGGGGUGGAUAGCAGGUUGGCUAGGGCUUGGGUUCAUUCAAAUCGUAGUACUGGAGGGAUGGACCGUCAUGCAAUUGACAGGUGGCAAUCGCAGUCACUAGGGUCUGAUAUGGAUUUGUACCUUUCACAUGAACCUGUGAUAGAUGAAGGGUAUCUAAGUAAGGAACUCAUGAAUACAAGGCCUCGUAGUGAGGUGGAAAACAGCUCUGCCUCUCAAGCAGAAGAAAGUAAAGGAUUGGAAAAUCAGCAAAAAGGUGCAGAGAAAAUCAAGCAAGGACUUGUAGAUUAUAUUGCUUCUUUGCUUAUGCCAUUGUAUAAAGCAAGAAAGAUUGAUAAAGAGGGGUACAAGUCAAUUUUGAAGAAGAGCGUGACUAAGGUUAUGGAGCAAUCAACUGAAGCAGAGAAACUGUUGACUGUUUCUGAGUUUCUCGAGUUCAGGAGAAAGAAUAAGAUUCGUGCAUUUGUGGAUAAACUGAUUGAGAGACAUAUGGCACUUGUUCCACGUCCUAAAACUUGAAUUUUCCAGAGAGCAAUUUGAGUUGCACAUCCUUCUCUCUGAAGCAGCUGCAGUGCCGUCCAUCCUGGUGGAUGAAUUGGCAACAGAGUUCCAAAUUGCAAGAUGCACUUAUUGUGAAGUCCUUUUCUGAUCUCUAUGUAUUGAAAGGAGCAGCAUGGAGAAUUUGCAAUUGGAUCCUCCCAUUCAAUGGAUCACAUGCCAGGGAACCAAGUUUUUCAGUUGUAGAUUUGCAUUCUACACCAGUGAUCAUGUAUCAGUUUCUUUGAAGGAGUAUCAAGUGCAAUUCAGAAGUGGUAUAAGAUACUGGAUUAUUGUGCAACAACCAUCUCAUCUCCUCUCUGCGCACUCUUGCCAAUCCUUGAAAUUUGUUGCUUGAAGAGUAGUAUGGAUAUGGCUUGGCGUGAGGUCUGAUGUUGGCCGUGAUCACUCGGCCGCUUUUUUGUCUUGACUGGUUGAAGCAAGGUUGAAGUUGGCCUCUGCAUCAUUUGGCAGUAAUUCAGCAGACGAGUUGGUCCUUUGCUUUCCCAUUGAUUACUUGACUUAGGCAACACAUUGACCUCUUCUUUGUACAGCUCCAUAUUAUUUCUGAUCUGAAGGUUUUGUAAAAUUUCUUCAAUUUAUAACAAAAUGGCAUCUUUAUCUUCCUUUGAAGAGGAGGAUAGCUGAAAGAUGUUGGGCAGUUUGAUAUACAGGCAAUAUUUCCUGUAACUUGAUUCUACUUGUGCUGGUAAAAUGCAAGCCAAGUUGGAAUCUUGUCUUUUUUCCCUCUCUUCUGCUGAUGAGCUCAACAUGCUCUUUGGCAGCCCUUUAUUUGGUGGACAGUUCAUUUUCAAGAGUCAAGACAUUGUCUAAAGAGACCUGCCAUCUUAAUCUCCUCUAUAGUAGUAGUCGAAGGGCAGGGACUUAGUUUUUCAAUUGAAAAAGACGUUUCAGCUGAUGCUGGCAGGAAAUGAAAUAUGGCAAAGUUAUUUUUUUGUAA